AACAACACAGGACUUCCGUGUGUCCCUCCUCUGAUUGGUCGGACAGUGCCACGUGAGCUGCGUCACUCAGUUUCGAGGCUGCACACGGCCUUACUCUCAAGCCAAAGAAAUCAUGCCGAUAACUUCAUGGAACGUAGUUCUCAUUAUUAACUUCACCACCGUAGUCGGCGUUUUCGGCUGUUUGACCAACAGCCUGUUUCCCAAUGAAGACCCAAAUAUACCAGCGAUCGCCAAAUAUUUCUGCACGAAAGGGAGGUAUGAAGAAGUGAACCCGCACCUCAUUCGGGACAUUCUCUCUGUCAACACAUCGAUUUUACAGCCGCCGUCCGAUCAGUGUCGCCAAAUCCAUCUGACUGCUAUCAUAAGGCAUGGCACAAGAUACCCGACCACCAAAAACGUCAAGAAGAUGCAAAGCUUCUACAAGCUGGUCCGCAGCAGCGCCACUGCCAAACGGAACUGGCUGCGAGAGAUCCAGACCCAGUGGAGGAUGUGGUACACGGAGGACAUGGACGGCCGCCUGGUCCAGAAAGGCGUCGAUGACCUCAGGUAUCUGGCCAUCAGGCUGUCCAAGUUGUUCCCCUCCAUGAUUUCUGAGGAGAACCUUCGAGGAGGACGCGUCAAGUUCAUAACCAGCUCCAAGCAUAGAUGCGUCAACAGCACGCUGUCCUUUAAGGCUGGACUGACAGAGCUGUGGGACAUCAGAGAUACAGAGUUUGACCACGCGGUGAACGAUGCCCUCAUGAGGUUCUUCGACAGGUGCACCAGGUUUCUACAGGAGGUGGACAACAACCCCUCAGCGGCCACAGAGGUGGACAAGUUCAAGCAAGGCCCGGAGAUGAGGAGGGUCCAGCAGAAAAUAGCAGACCGACUCGGUGUCCCCUACAGCCUCAUCACAGAUGAUAUGGCGGAGGCCGCCUUCUACAUGUGUGCUUACGAGUUUGCCAUCAAGACUGUGAACUCCCCAUGGUGUCAACUCUUUGAUGAAGUUGACGCACAGGUUAUGGAGUAUUCGAUUGAUCUGAAGCAGUUCUGGAAAAGAGGCUAUGGCUAUGACAUUAACAGCAAGUCCAGCUGUAUCCUGUUCCAUGAUGUGUUCAGUCGUCUGGACCAAGCAGUCGCUGAAAACAAGCUAGACCAGCAGGUCACCGAAGCUGUGACAGUCCAAGUGGGCCACGCGGAGACCCUCCUCCCACUUCUCACCCUGUUAGGAUUCUUCAAGGACGACGACAUCCCGACGUCCACCAACUACGCCUCCCAGGCCCGGCGCUCCUUCCGCACCAGCCACAUGCUCCCGUAUGCUGCUAACCUCCUGCUGGUGCUGUACGACUGUGGGGGGGGCGACCUCAGGCUGCAGCCGCUGCUCAACGAGAAGCCCGUGGCGUUUCCCGGUUUGAACGACGAGCCGGCGGCUUCCAUGCCGCUCUAUCGAGACGUGAGAGAACGAUACAGGGACCUGCUGGACGGAUGUGACUUUGAGACCGAAUGCCAGCUGUUCAAAAAUCCCUCUGAUGCUUAGGCAGAUGCUGGGAAAGAAGAAAACAUUCUAAAAGUUUUAUGAUUUUUUUGUUUUGAGUAUUACGUUUUUAUGCUAGCAUAUUGAUCCAAACG